UUCCAUUAUUGAAAUUAAACUCAAAUUCUCGAUAACUAUUUGUUUGUAUCGAGACUACAAGAUAUAUACAGCCCAAAAUGAUGGAGAAAAAGCUCCCUGUGAAGGAAAUGCCUGCUAGAAAAGACACAGAGUUGCUGGAUUUAGCCUUCAAGGUCGGAAAAUUAGUGGGCUUGUAUCCUCAGACUUUUGAAAACAAUUUUAGGUUUAAAUUCCACAUCUUCUUGUACGGCAUUUUUACGGCGUUCAUCAUUGCCUUUGACCUUUAUAAUGAUGUUCUAGACGUACUUUAUCCCGAAGAGAGAGGAAACGGCAUCGCAGUAAUAGUCUUAACGUCACUGGUGGUGUGGUAUACUCAAAUUAUCAAUUUCUUAAAUCUGUUUAAAAGACAAACUUGGAGUUCGUUGUUUACUAAACUAUCUACAUUGGAUUCGAAUCUAGGAAUAUACCCCAUCAACGAUAAAAGAAGAAUUUUAACUAUAAUCUGCGCAGUUCUAUUUUGUUCUGGUUAUACUGCAUACGAAAUAUUCUUGUGUUGGCCCGCUAGCAAUGAUUAUUCCUAUAACCUCAUGCUCUUAUUUACAAGCUUGGUGAUCAGUUUUAAUAUGUUUUUGGUGAUUUUCACGUUUCACCAAGUAACCACUGUAAUAGAAAGAAGAAUCAAGAUGAUCAAACAGAUCGUCAAGCAUUCCGUUCACACGAAGACGCUGACGUUGACUUUCGUAAAGAUUAAGAUGAAUUAUUCGAUCGUGUAUGAUCUGGUUAACGAUUUGAAUGAUAUUUUUGGAUAUUAUAUCUUGACCAUCGUCUUUAACUUCUUUUAUUAUAGUUUAGAUUAUUUUAACGUGUCUAUGAGAUAUGUUUUACAUGACGACAAUUCAAACGGAAUGUUUGUGUCCUAUGGGCCACAUUUGGCAGUUCUAUUAAUCUACAUCGUUAACGUAGCAUUCUCCAGCGACAAGAUUUCAAGAGCGGCUGACAAUUUGAUCAAAACUUGUUUCCUACUCCAUCCCGAUGUACAGGAUCAAGUGCUUACAGAAGAACUAAUCGCUUUGUCCAAAUUUAUGACGGAUCUAUUUCCCGAAAUAACCAUGGCAGGAUGGUUUACUAUGAACAAGAAGUUCAUAUUGGUUUUAAUAUCUAGUUUAACCUCGUAUGUUAUUAUCAUAAUACAAUUUCAAUUAGGCUAAAGAGACAUUAAAUUAGUAGAUAACACGUAACUUGUAAUUUAUAAAAUUAAUAAAUAA